CCGCCAUUUUGUCACGUUAUUUCUAAACGCAUCCCCCACCAGAUUGAAAACAAGCGAAGGUCGACGCUUGUGUGUGACUCCCUUGCUUACGAUCGCGGGGCCGAGAGUGUUCUUUGGUUAGGUUCCUUGGCUGCGUCGUGACCGGGGCUUCUGGCACUCGAACAAGGCCGCGAGACGUCAACACGCUCGGCGAGACGUCGAUCCGGCCAGAUCCGGUUGGCUUUCGAGCCAAGUUCAUUCCGAUUAUCGUUUGUCGAGUUUCGAUCGCGGGACGAGGGAGGGGGAUUAUUCCGAUAUUUAUUCGCCGUAUGUUGUUCGAGUAAUCGAACUUCAGGGCUGGAGAAACGGGAAUGUGUCAGCGUCCGCGGUUCCUCGACGAACGUCUCGCCUUUCUCUGUGUGACGUAAUCUUGAAUCCGCAGGGGAUCGUCCUGCUGCGUCUCGGGAAAUCGACGUUCUUGCGAGAAAGACUGCAAUUGAGCCGUAGACGUUGAAUAAUGAAUAGAUCACUGUCCAUUCUGUAAAGACUUGGGAAAGAUAAUUCCUGUAACAGUGAUUUCAGUGAUCAAGUAGUUGGAAAACCUAAGAAAAAUGGACGUCGCUGGUGAUCUAAAUCUGCAAUGGGUGGGAGACGUAGAGCUUCACGAGGAAGUGAUAUGUGGACUUGAAGCACAAUUGGUUGCUUCGGAGGAGGAGGUGAUAGGCGCUUGCGAGGAAGUGGCGGUUGAGGAAACCGUCGAGUCUGUUCCUGAUGUAGCGGUUACGACAGAGUCUGAGAUACUGAUGGUACCUCAGACUAACGAUAUGGAAUCUAUAUAUAUAGUGCCGCAAGAUCAGGGCCACGACUAUCUGAAUAUACAGGUGACGGAGGAGGUAAUAGCUGACAAUUGGGACAGACCUGGUCCAGAUGAUGGGGUCGAGAUUCCAGAAGCGAAGGUGACACAUGAUAAUCUAUUGGAAUACGACGACAUGGAGAUACCGUUGCCAAUCGAUCAAGACUCGUACCAGAACGCUCGACCGUAUCCUUGCGACUUCUGCAGCCGUAGGUUUCGCAAAAAGGCGAAUCUGAUGAACCACAUGGUUGCGCAUCAGACGGACCGACCGCAUGGCUGCAACUUGUGCGGAGCGCGUUACGUGCGCAAGUGUGACUUGAACAAUCAUCUGAAGAUUCACGCGUACCCGCCGACGCGGGACGGUCUGGAGGACGAGUUGAACGACGAAGAUUCUCUAGCGGUCGAAGAGGAGGACGCGACGACGACCGGCACCAAGGGCAGACGCAAGAAGGUUCAGUCAAGCGCGCCGCGUAAACGGAAAGCCAACGCCGCCGCUGGUCUGCCGAGGCGCAACAACAUCGAAGAAGUCAACAUCAAGAUAGAGAUGGGCAAGUAUGUGUAUAAUGAGUACGAUAACUACAAGGACACGCUAUCGCUACUCGAAGACGACCUGACCGAUGGUGAUUCUGCCCGCAGCGGCAAUUUCGCGUCCAGCUCGAGGUGGCAGAUGGACAGUGAGAUGUCUGUCACCGGCGGGCAACAGUCACCGCAGUGGCCCGUCACUGACCCAACAAAGCCCUACGUCUGUCAGUUCUGCGGGGUCGGCUUCGCGAGGGAGAAGGCACUGGCCUCGCAUGCACGUAUCCACGGCGGCGACAGUCCGUUCGAGUGCACUUCGUGCGGCGAGAUGUUCUGGGACGUCAGCACUCUGCGGGAGCACGUGCGCGUUAAACACGGCGGUACUAUUCUUCAACAGGUAUCCGAUAUGGAGGAGUACGAUAACGAUGCCAGUUACACGGCUGACAGCGAGAGGUUUGGCGAGUUUUAUUGCAACACCUGCGGGGUACCCUUUAAUCGUCUGGAUCUGCUCAAACGUCAUCAAAAAUCUCACAUCAAGCAAGAAGUGGAUACAAUGGAGGGUUCCAGUCAGCAUCACGUGUGCAAUGUUUGUGGAGAAUGGUUCGAGGAGGCAUUAGCAUUAUUGGCACAUGCAGAACUUCACGCUUCAAGAUCUCCUAGUCGCCGUUGUCUGUUGUGCGGGGCGAGAUGUCGCGAUGAAGCUGAAGUUGCAGAACACGUACAGCAGAAUCACGCCGAGGACGCGCCACCAAACACGUGUACGCUAUGCGGAAAAACAUGCAAGGACAAACGCAGCUUAUUGAAGCAUUCGUGGGUGCACAAUGUGGACAAGACCUUUAGUUGUACAAAGUGUACAAAACGCUUUCACAGUAAAGCCAGAUUACGAAGGCACAUGGUAUCUCAUCGUAACAAAAUGGUAGCUUGCGAUGAAUGCGGCGAAGAGUUCCCCGAUGGAAGGGCUCUCGUUAGCCACCGUCACUCGCAUAACAAGGAGUUAGGCGGCCGCUCGUUCCCGUGUCGUGAAUGCGGCAAGACGUUUGGAAGUCGCAGUUCACAGCAGAUCCACAUACGUAUCCAUACGGGCGAGAGGCCCUACGGCUGCCGAUUUUGUUGGAAGGCUUUCGCCGACGGCGGUACCCUGAGAAAGCACGAGCGUAUUCACACCGGCGAAAAACCAUACGAAUGUGCAAUCUGUUCUCGAGCUUUCAAUCAGAGAGUGGUUCUCAGAGAGCAUGUGCGCGCCCAUCAUUCCGGUCCAGAUCCAAAAUGCGUGGGCAGUAUGACGCCAUUUUUAUGCAAGGUAUGCGGCUUGUCAUUCGGCACAUCUGAGGAAAUAGUGGCGCAUAUAGUACAGCAUUGCGACGACAAUACUGCAUUGAGUCGUCAGCCGCCGACAGGACCACGUAAAUAUAAGAGAAGACGCAAGUUGAAGCCGCACGAGACGAACACGGUGGUACGUAAGAACGAGUUUUCGUACGACAUGAUGGAAAGCGGCACUGCUAGUGGUGGCAACGUUGUCGCCGCUGGCGGUUCCGAUUCGGAAGAUAACACGAAGCGAAAACUUGGCAAGAAGAACAAGCAACAUCGGUCAAAUGUCGAGGAAGGUUACCAAAAUGUCUUGAAGAGCUUCGAAAGUUCGCUGCAGAAUAUAAACUCGAUCGUGAGCAACUCCAAAUUGAACGCGUCCAAAACGAAACUUUCGAAGAAGAAGCUACGCAAGGAGGAGAAAAAGGAGACGCAAUCGUCAAAUCAAUCUGCCGGCCGACCAAAGAUGAUACACACGCAAAAGACGCGGGUGCCGGUGGAAGUGGGUAGUGAUGGCGCGAAGAAGGGUCAGAAGACGAAGACGAUGGUUACGCGGACGCCGAAGGUGAUGCCAAACGAGCACAAGUCUGGAAUCUUCCCCGGCGGCGAGAGAAAUCGACCGCGCACCAAAAACGUCAGUUAUCACAUCGAGGGUAAACUGCAAGUUACUCCGGCAAUGUUCCCAGCAAAGUCGGCGAAGGAGGAGCAGCAGCUGAUGGUGAACAUUAAACAAGAGCCAGGCAUACCAAAGGCUACCGGCGACAGUCGCAGGAACAACAAUGGCAAUAUUCUCGGCCUUGGCAAGAGUCAAGAGUCAACGACCAAGAAGAGGUCGGCCCCCUUAAAGAGAUCCAAGAGACAGAAGGCGAUAGUGAAGCAGGAAAUGAAUGCGACAGUCGAGCCGGAAGAGCAACAGCAGCAGCAACUACAGAACAAUAAUAACAAUAACAAUAAUAAUAAUAACAACAUGGAGAACAGCGCUGAUCCAGCGCGACUGAUGGAGCACACAGUGGACGGCAACAAUCUGGAAGUCGCGUUCGAAGCGAGCGUCGUCACCGCUCAGGAAGAGGACCAGGAGAGUAUAUUGCCACAUGACGCGACCGAAGAAAUGGACAACAACGUUAAACUCAGUGUGAAGGUGGAAUCGACGCCGCAGAGGAUGCUCUCUGUGCAUAGUGUUAUCGCGCCGAUGGACGAGGUUCCGGAGACAAUAAUACCGGACACGGUGGAGUACACGUGCGAGAUGUGCGCCGCGGUGUUCUCCAGCCGUGCGGAGUUAUUGGUUCACGUGCCGAUACACAUUUGAUUUCAUAAUUUAUCCGAGCCGGAAAGCGGCGCGGAGAUUUGUUCUAAUUCUUUAAGCAUACUAGUUUAAUCAAAUCGAAUAUUUCUUUAUCACGUUCGAUGAGGUUUGUUGUUUCACAGGAGGCGACGAUCGUUGAUCCUCUAUCAUUAUUCCUCCCCUCCCACUCGUCCCAUCCUUCUCGCUCUUUGUUCUGCCAAGCGUCGUGAUUCAAUUAUCUAUACUUAUCAUUCUGUCGAAUGCGCUCGAAUUUUCGUAUUUCGCGCAUUAGAUGAUUUAUCGGCCAUUAUUUAAUCUAAUUAACAUCUGAUUAUUUGCGAUACGUUUCUCUUGUAUUAUACAUUCUCUGCGGACACUCAAGUUUCAUCUUCACGUUUGAGUAGAUACGAAUAACUGAUUGUUCCAAACUAAUGACAGGAUGAAUAUAAGAUGUCUAUAUGAUAUCAUGAAAUGCUGUUAUAUAUCACUAUAUUGUAUAUAAUGAUAUAUGAUAUAUGAUAUAUAUAACACAUUGCAUAUCUUGGUUUAAAAAUUGUCUAAUAUCGAAACAUAAUAUGACGACGAGAUUGUCUAUUAUUUUCUAUAUGGAAAAUGCUAUAUGACACGUGAAAACUAUGCAAUUCUUUUUAUGAUACUAAAACUUUACUGAAUGUUUACUUUCGUGAAACGUUUCGUAUCAUCAUAAUUUUUGUCACUUGUUGGUAACAUGUUGGUAAUUUUCAUCUUUCCUACUUCAAAAAAAUAAAGCUAACAAUUAAUAGGAUAACAAACUGUUAUCGCCCUCAAUAGCUAUAGCUACUUAAGUUAUAAUAAAAAACGUCAAAACAUCCUGAUUGAAAUUCACAAACACUAAAAUAAAAAGUCUGCGAUAGUAAAUUCAACACUUAAAACAUAAAAAGAAUUACAUGAUUUUCAUGUGUUUACGUACUCCAUAUCUUACUUCUCAAUUCAUAUAGCACUUUCCAUGUAAAAAACCAUAUAACAUGUGAAAAAUGUUGCGUCUCUUUUAAAUGAAAACAUUAAUUCCAUAUUGUACGCAGACACAAAAUCCGUGCAAUUCUUUGUACAAUAUGAUACUAUAAAUGCAAAAAGAAGAAUUCUGAAUCUGCGAAUACACUAAUUAGGAUGAAUUAACUUAUUUUUGUAAUGAGAAAACAGAGGCAAGGAGUAAAGUGUUGAAUUACCGUCGUGAGCCACUUUUAUUUUAAUGUUUGUCAAUUAAAAUUUUUAGAAUCCUCCAUUGUAACUAUAAGUUCGUUAUUAUGACGUUUCUUUCAUUUUUCUGGAAGAAACCUAAUUAAUAGAUAUUUAUUUGUCACCGACAAGAGUGGCAAUAAUUAUGAUAAUAAUGCGAAAAAUAUUUCACAAAACUUGAGAUUGUAUGAAUGCAGAAAAUGUUAGAUGAUUAAUACAGUAACCUUGUAAAAAUCAUCAAAAACGUGGCUUGCUCUCAAGAAUUAACAAAAUAAUUGCACUGCUAUAGCACUGCACGUAGGAUAUUUGUAUGAAUGUUAGUUUUUACUUUUAGCACGUAAUUUUAGUUUAUUAUUACGAUUGUUUAUAUCGUGACCAGUGACCAUGAUCGAUUCUUUGAAUGAGAUGUGAAUGAUACUAUUACAAUAGUAUUGUUAGAGUUAAUUAAUUAUUAGAGGAACAGAACAGAAAUAAUGAGAGAAUCAAUUCUAAGCACUGUCUCGAACAUUAAAGCAAUCGUCAUGAAAUAUUCACAAAUUUAAUUUAAUUAAAUGUUCUUUAAAUCUUUAGACGCUGUCGACUUUUACAAAAUUAACGACUUCGUGUUUCCUUGUACAUAAAAUUUAAUUACGCUCUUA